AUCACAGCCAUCCCUACGACGCCUGUCACGGUAAGGUGUUUGUGGAGAUUUCCUCUUCAAAUUCAUCCCGAAGCCACUCUAAUUUUAACUCCAGAAGGAGAAUCGACAAUUUGGAUCCAAGAUGACGGACUCCAAGUACUUCACCACAACCAAGAAAGGGGAGAUCUUCGAGCUCAAGGCGGAGCUAAACAGUGAUAAGAAGGAGAAGAAGAAAGAGGCUGUGAAGAAGGUCAUUGCAUCCAUGACAGUUGGCAAGGAUGUCAGUGCUCUGUUCCCGGAUGUUGUGAACUGCAUGCAGACGGACAACCUGGAGCUGAAGAAGCUGGUCUACCUGUACCUGAUGAACUACGCCAAGAGUCAGCCAGACAUGGCUAUCAUGGCUGUUAACACCUUCGUAAAGGACUGUGAAGACCUGAACCCUCUGAUCCGGGCCCUUGCUGUUCGUACAAUGGGUUGCAUCCGUGUGGACAAGAUCACAGAGUACCUCUGUGAGCCGCUGAGGAAAUGUCUGAAGGAUGAAGACCCGUAUGUGAGGAAGACCGCCGCUGUGUGUGUCGCAAAGCUCCAUGAUAUCAACGCCCAGCUGGUGGAGGACCAAGGCUUCCUGGACACCCUGAAAGACCUCAUCUCUGACUCCAACCCCAUGGUUGUAGCGAACGCAGUGGCAGCGCUGUCGGAGAUAGCAGAGUCUCACCCCAACAGCAAUCUACUGGACCUGAACCCUCAGACCAUCAACAAGUUGCUGACGGCUUUGAACGAGUGCACAGAGUGGGGACAGAUAUUCAUUCUCGACUGCCUGGCCAAUUACUCACCUCGUGAUGACCGAGAGUCCCAGAGCAUCUGUGAGCGUGUGACCCCACGGCUCUCCCACGCCAACUCUGCAGUGGUGUUGUCAGCCGUUAAAGUUUUAAUGAAGUUCAUGGAGAUGCUGCCCAAAGACUUGGACUACUAUGGCACCCUACUGAAGAAGCUCGCCCCCCCACUGGUCACGCUCCUCUCUGCUGAGCCCGAGUUACAAUAUGUGGCCCUUCGAAACAUCAACCUCAUCGUACAGAGACGCCCAGAGAUCCUGAAACACGAGAUGAAGGUUUUCUUUGUGAAGUACAAUGACCCAAUCUAUGUGAAACUGGAGAAGCUGGACAUCAUGAUCCGCCUAGCAUCUCAAGCUAACAUCGCCCAGGUUCUGGCUGAGCUGAAGGAGUACGCCACUGAGGUGGAUGUGGACUUUGUCCGUAAAGCAGUCAGGGCCAUUGGCCGCUGUGCCAUCAAAGUAGAGCAAUCAGCGGAGCGCUGCGUCAGCACGCUGCUUGACCUCAUCCAGACCAAGGUCAACUAUGUGGUGCAGGAGGCCAUCGUGGUCAUCAAGGACAUCUUCCGCAAGUACCCCAACAAGUACGAGAGUGUGAUUGCCACCCUGUGUGAACACCUGGAGUCUCUGGACGAGCCUGAGGCCCGGGCCGCUAUGAUCUGGAUCGUGGGAGAGUACGCUGAGCGCAUCGACAACGCCGACGAGCUGCUGGAGAGCUUUUUGGAGGGAUUCCAUGAUGAAAGCACUCAGGUGCAGUUGCAGCUGCUGACGGCAAUUGUCAAGUUGUUCCUGAAGAAGCCCACGGAGACCCAGGAGCUCGUGCAGCAGGUGUUAAGCCUGGCUACACAGGACUCCGAUAACCCCGACCUCAGGGACCGCGGGUACAUCUACUGGCGUCUGCUCUCCACAGACCCAGUGGCUGCCAAGGAGGUGGUCCUGGCUGAGAAGCCCCUGAUCUCUGAGGAGACGGAUCUGAUCGAGCCCACCCUGCUGGAGGAGCUCAUCUGCCACAUCGGGACUCUGGCUUCCGUCUACCACAAGCCCCCCAGUGCCUUCGUGGAGGGCAGCCGCGGCGUUCAGCACAAGAGACUCACCAGCAGCGCGGGAUCUGGGGAGAGUGUUGAGAGCCCAGAUACGGGUUCUGCUGCUGUUUCUGAGGCGCCCCCCGCUGUCAUCCCAUCCCAGGGAGACCUCCUGGGAGAUCUGCUUAAUCUGGACCUGACCCCCCCCACCAGCACCGGACCCCCACCAACCGCCGCCCCUGGCAUGCAGCUGGGAGCUAUGGACCUUCUGGGUGGAGGACUGGACAGCCUGCUUGGUGGAGACAUUGGAGGAAGUCCUGCUAUGGGGGCUGGUUUCGGUGCUCCUCCGGCUGCAAUGCCAGCUUCCUUCAACGCCCCCAUCAGCGGCGGUCUGGACGACCUGUUUGAUCUCGGAGGCGGUGGUGGUAUGACGAUGGGAACCUACAUCCCCCCUAAAUCAGUUUGGCUGCCAGCCAUGAAGGCCAAAGGUCUGGAGAUAUCGGGCACUUUUGUCCGCCGCUCUGGGGUCAUCCAAAUGGAGAUGACACUCAAUAAUAAAGCUAUGAGUGUCAUGAGUGAUUUUGCCAUCCAGUUCAACAGAAACAGCUUUGGUCUGGCUCCGGCUGGUCCCCUCCAGAUCCUCACUCCCAUCAGUCCAAACCAGAGCAUUGAGGCCGCGCUGCCGCUCAGCACCGUGGGGCCCGUCAUGAAGAUGGAGCCGCUCAACAACCUGCAGGUGGCUGUGAAGAACAACAUUGACGUAUUCUACUUCAGCUGCCAGUACCCCAUCAGCAUGCUGUUCCUGGAGGACGGGAAGAUGGAGCGACAGGUGUUCCUCGCCACAUGGAAAGACAUUCCUAAUGAGAACGAGUCCCAGUUUCAGAUCAAAGACUGCCAUCUCAACUCAGAUGCAGCCUCCAACAAACUGCAAGGUAGCAACAUCUUCACCAUAGCUAAGCGUACCGUGGAGGGACAGGACAUGCUGUAUCAGUCGAUGAAGCUCACCAACGGCAUCUGGGUGCUGGCUGAGCUGAGGGUGCAGGCGGGAAACCCAAACUACACAAUCUCUCUGAAGUGCAGAGCUCCGGAGGUUUCUCAGUGUGUUUUCCAGAACUACGAGACAGUGCUGAAGAACUGAAGCCCCCCCCCCCCCCCCCCCCCCACAGCUGACCCGCGGACCAUGUUACAACCUCUCGCAGUGCAGGAGCCACUUCCUGCUGUGUUGGCAAAUUCUUCUGGUUAAUCAUUUUCUCUCUGUCCCGGUUCCACCCGUCAACCGGUUGUUUUUCUUUCCUCAGCCUGCAGAACAAAACCCUUCUUCCCUGUCUGGCUGGACUCAUCAUGUCCCUCUCUUGAGUGUGUUUGCUAUAAAAUAGUUUCAGGACAUUUUCUCUCAAUACAUUUUCUUUCACUUCGUGCUGGUCCUGCACUCAGUGA